UUUGUUGAGUAUCAUUCAUCACUGUUUAGUUAUGGAUGAAGGUGUUAAGAGAAUGGAAGAAGGUAACAAUUUACCAUUGGAUGAUGAUGCUAAAAAUGAAGUCUUGAAGAAGCAAGAAACAACUAAUAUUAAUGGAGAUUCUGAUAUUAAGCAGCAAAUAGCUGAACAGGAUGAUCAGCAGCCUGUACUACUAGUUAAGCAAAAGACAAAACGGGUUGCAACACUUGAUGCAUUUAGGGGCCUCACCAUUGUGUUGAUGAUAUUGGUGGACGAUGCUGGUGGAGCUUAUUCACGCAUUGAUCACUCUCCAUGGAAUGGAUGUACUUUGGCUGAUUUUGUUAUGCCUUUCUUUCUUUUCAUCGUUGGUGUGGCCAUAGCUCUUGCAUUAAAGAAAAUUCCCAAGAUAAAUUAUACCGUGAAGAAGAUAAUUCUCAGGACAUUGAAACUUCUCUUUUGGGGUAUACUUUUGCAAGGUGGAUACUCUCAUGCCCCUGAUGAACUCGUAUAUGGAGUUAACAUGAAAUUUAUCAGAUGGUGUGGCAUUCUCCAGAGAAUAGCCCUUGUAUAUUGUAUUGUGGCUCUAAUAGAGACAUUUACCACCAAGCUUAGACCCACUACCUUGAGUCCCGGACGCAUAGCCAUUUUCACUGCCUAUAAAUGGCAAUGGUUUGGAGGCUUCAUGGCAUUUCUCAUUUACAUGAUCACAACCUUUGCUUUGUAUGUUCCUAAUUGGAGUUUUGUAGAUCAUGUUAACAAUGAUGAACCAAAGAGAUACACGGUGAUAUGUGGGAUGAGAGGGCACCUUGGUCCUGCAUGUAACGCUGUUGGAUAUGUUGAUAGACAAACUUGGGGGGUUAAUCAUCUUUAUUCUCAACCUGUUUGGAGACGGUUAAAGGCAUGCACAUUUAGUUCCCCAAGUGAGGGUCCAUUUCGUGAUGAUGCUCCAAGCUGGUGUCUUGCUCCAUUUGAACCAGAGGGCUUAUUGAGUUCCAUAUCAGCAAUCCUCUCAGGCACCAUUGGCAUCCAUUAUGGGCACGUCUUGAUUCAUUUCAAGAGUCAUUCAGAGAGGCUCAAACAAUGGUUCUCAAUGGGGUUUGUGUUACUCGUAGUCGCUAUUAUCCUUCACUUUACAGAUGCUAUUCCAAUCAACAAGCAACUCUAUAGCUUCAGCUAUGUUUGUUUCACAGCUGGGGCAGCUGGAAUUAUCUUCUCUAUCCUUUACAUAUUGAUUGAUGUUUGGGGGAUCCGUACUCCAUUCUUGUUCUUAGAAUGGAUAGGGAUGAAUGCUAUGUUAGUGUAUGUGUUGGCAGCUGAGGGCAUUUUUGCAGCAUUUGUAAAUGGCUGGUAUUAUGAAGAUCCAGAAAAGUCACUAGUACACUGGAUCAAGAAGCAUGUUUUUAUCAAUGUUUGGAACUCAGAGAGAGUGGGAACUCUCUUAUAUGUCAUCUUUGCAGAAAUCACUUUUUGGGGAGUGGUAGCUGGCGUGUUACACAAGUUAAAAAUAUAUUGGAAAUUGUAAGCUAUAUAGCAAUUAUCAGCCACAUUAACAUUCAACUUUAUAAUUGAUUUCAUCUA